AUGAAGGGGCUGGCCUGCCCAUGCCCUGCCCUGCCCCAGUUCUGGCAGCUAGGGCCUGGCUUCAUGGCUGAAGGCUCCCGGACUCAGGCCCAUGGGCAAGCAGCCCCUCUCAAUAUUCAGGUGCUGCGAGCCCAGUAUGAAGGCUUGAGGAGGCUACAGAGGACCCAGACCCACCUCAUGGUGCUCCCAAGAGGAGGGAACACGCCUACUCCUGCCGAAUCCAUGACCAGUGCCGUCUGGAUCAACAAGGAGAGAAGGAACUCGGUGUUGCUGGAAGAGGGAGAUCCUGAGGUGGAGAGGAUGCUGGAGGAGGCAGCCCAAGGCCAUCACCAGGCCUCUGAGUCUGCAUGGCACACACACCUAGAGAUAUAUCGUUUGGCCCAAACUUCCUACCAGGAAUGCGAUCCUGAAAUGAAGACCAAGGGCCACUUCCUAGGGUCUCAGCAUAGGCUCCCUCCAGAAGGAGACCUGUGCUUGCUGGAAAACAACCAGCAAAGAACCAAAGCUCCAGAGGAAGCCCCAUGUCAAUGUCAGCUGGGCGGUACCCAAACAAAGGCAGCAGGAUGCAACUUAAAAACCAGCAUCCAAGGUCUUCCUUCUAUAAAGAACUCACAGCGGCCUGGCAAACCAGCUCACUACCCAUUUCCCCAGAGGAAAACUCCCAGGAUCUCCCAAGCAGCUCGGAACCUGGGCUUGUAUGGCCCUGCCUGAUGCUUCCUACCUACCCAGAUGUUCUACGUGGGGGUUCAUCACAGAACCAAGUGGGUUCUAGCUCUAAGCAAGAACUAAUCUACUUCAAUGAUAGCAAUUCUGAGAAAUUAACUAAAUUGACAACAAGGUCUCGUCUUAAAAAGAGAGACAGAUUGCGGAAGUCAGACUGCUCACCAUUUAUGGUGAAAUGGUAUUGGCUGCUCAACUCAGCCCUUUCUGCUUAAAAUGAAGCCUUUGUUAAAGAACCCUGGAUGUCCACUCCAAGAGGAAGCUAGUAGAAUACCUGCUUGCCCCUUGACCUGGAGAAUUCCAAUCGCCAAGAGGACAUCCAACUAAUGCACUGCCUUAGUGAUCCCCAGGUACCGAUGGGCAUGGACAAUCUUGUUUCCAGUAUCAUCUGAUUUCUCACACAUUCGAGAGAAAAUGAACUCUGAGAAUUCACAACCUUUUUGUGGUCACCAUUUGCUGGGGGGGGUCUUUUGCCCAAAAGUCUCUACAUUGUCAGUGAUCACAUCAUUUCGUCUAGA